AAAGAACUUUAAAUAAUAUAUUAGAACAAAUCGAAAAAGAAAAAGAAAUCAAUAUUGAAACACAAAAAAGAGUGGAAAUACUAAACCAAAAGGCUGAUAUUGUGUUGAAAAACUUUAAAAGAUCACCAGAAAUCCCCACCUUAUUAAACAAAUUAAACUUAAUUAAAAAAAUUAAAAAAAUUAAAGAAAUUCAAGAACUCAUUAAUAAAAUACGAAAUGAAAAUAAACUCUUGUCAAAAGAAAAAGAAAAAUGUGAAAAAGAAAACCUCAAUAAUCAACAAAUCAUCAACGAAAAUAAUCACUUAAAAAAACAAGACUUUAAAAACAAAAUACAAGAAAAAGUACAAGAAAUUGGAGGAUUUGAAAGAACACUUAGUGCUUUUAUUAAACAUAACAGUUUUAAAUUACAUAAAAAUCUCAUAGAUAAUGCUCUAGAUAAUUUUAAAAUAACCUAUAAUGAAACAGAUUCGUUGGAACAUAAAAUGGAUCUUAUCAUCGAAUUUAGCAGCAAAAACAUUCAACCACAAUAA